AUGCCCAUCUACAACAUCCAGCAGGGCAGAAAUGGCGUUUCAACCUUCAUCAGAUUUCCCUGCGACAGUGAAAUUGAUCCUGAAUGGCCGGAAUUCGAGGACAAUCUGAACGAGAGCCAAAUCUUUUCCUUUCCCGAAGAUCCGCCCAGUCGCCGACGCCGGCGACAACGUGACAGGCGCAGAAACUGUGGACCGGAAACAGAGACCUUGAAUGAUGACUAUGUCCCCUAUCCCGGAUGGGACCUCGGAGGGGGAGACAGAGAGGGGAGGGAUGGACGCAUGAGGCCACGAGAAACAGAGAAUCUUCAAGAUGAAUAUGUCCCUUACCCGGGCUGGGAUCUCGGGGAGGAAGAUCAAGAGGGCAGGCGUGGGCUCACAGGGUCACGAGAACCAGAGACACUUGAAGACGAAUAUGUCCCGUACCCAGGAUGGGACCUCGGGGAUGGAGAAAACGAAGAGAGCCACAGACAUUCAGGACAAUCAGGACCUACAUCUCGAAGUGGAGGUUGUCAAGACCGCCACUACCAUUCGUGUGGUCAAGUCUUUGCUGCUGAAGGGGGAAACCGACGCGGGCUGAACAUGAGACGGGCAACCAGACACAGGGGCUCUCGGCAUAGAGGUCAGGGCGAGCUGGAAGGAGACAUGGGCCACAGAGGUUCUUUCGGAGGAGGUUGGGAUAGAGAUCUCGCCCGGCAUGAAGACUCCAGAGACAUCGAGCCACAUCUAGAGGGUGGGAUAGACGGUGUGAUGAAGAGGAUCGCAGACAGACAACAGCGACGGAACAUCACGAAUGGCUUGCGGAGAUAA